AUGGUGCUGAACAUGGCCGACGACGGCGUCGCAGCCGCGUACGCGUCGGCGCUGCACAGCCUCGCGGGCACGACCGGUGCCCACUGCGUGUACGAGACGCUGCAUCCGCGAGACGAGGUCCCAAGCCUCGACGUCGAUGGCCUCGAGAGCCCGAUCGCGUGGCCGCUCUACACGGACGAGCGCGACGAGCUCAUGGAGCUCUUCCACGGCGACGACCGCGCCUGCGUCGUCGUACCAUCGGCGCAAGCCACGUUCAGUGACGACGUGGACGAGCCGCUGCUCGGCGCGAUCACGGACGCCGUCAUGAAGCGCCUCGGCAUUCGAUCGGCGUUCAGCGCCGAGCUGUCGCACCUCGUGCUCGAGAGCAGUGGCGUCGCGUCGACGAGCCAUCUGCUCGCGCGCAACCCGAGCGAGUCGUCGUUCGGCACGCUGCUCCUGCUCGCGCCGUCCAUCGACAAACACGCGGGCGGCGACGUCACGGUCCGAGGCGCGCGCGAUGCCAUCACCGACGUCUAUUACUUUGAUGCCAUGGCGGCAUGGAUCACGCACGCGCUGCAGACGUAUGGCUGGAUGCCGCUCCAGGACGCACUCCAGCACCUGCUGUCGCGCGCCGGCGCCACGUGGCUGGGCGCGGCCAAGGGCGCCGAGCUCUUGCGGCAUCUCGCCGACCCGCGCAGUGCACUGCACACGCAGCCAUGUGCCCGCGAGGGCCUCCUCGACUGCUGGCAUGCGCUUCUCCACGCGCUCGUGUCGAUGCCCGAGGCGCCAACGUCGGUGCCAUCAGCGCUCCUCCACCACGGGCUUGUCCUCGAAGCGUACUUUGGCUUGACGGCCGAGGCGAAUGCGACGUGGCUCGGCGCCAAGCUGCCGCCGAGUCUCGUGCGACAUGUGGAUGCAUACCGCGCGUCGACGCUAUCGACGCUGCUGACGAAGUACCCGACUGCGUUCCAUCCGAUUUGUUGCGUCGCCGUUGCAAUCGACCCGCUUUUGAACACGGACGACACCGCGUACUUGCAGCUACGUCCUUGGCUCCGGACGGUAUUUGCGACCUUUCCAGGCUGCUUGGCGAGUCUCAACGGUAUCCUCGACGAUACAGUGCUGGCCGCGGUUGUUCGUGUCGCUCGAGCUGCCCAUGCGUUGCCGCUGGUACUGCAGCACGCGCAGGCGUGGCUUGGGCGGUUCAUCUUGCCGGCUCUACUGCAGCUCCUCGACGAUGCGCCGACACUGACUGUGCUCCGUGACCCACUGUUGACGCUUGUCACGGCGUUCCUGGCCGACGACGUCGACGAGGACCAUGACCAUGAAGAGAUGCGCGAGAACCCGCCUGACGUGGUUGAAAUGCUGUUGCGGGACGAACUUGCGGUGCUACAAGCGAUGCUGUUGCUCCUGCGUCGUCUCGACGGACCGCUGGACAUGUGGCGACGCGCCGUGGCGACGCAUCGUCAGCUCCACGACGUUGCCUUCGCUCGCUACGUCCUCGUGCCGCUUCAUCAGAUGGUGCGAGACGACGACGACGAUCUCGCGAGAUGGCUGGCGACGCUGGCGCGCCCCGUGCUGCAACGCCACCUGGCCAACGAUAUGGCGCCCAGUCGCCCAAAUUGGGUCAUUCCAAGCGUCCAGCUGCCGUGCGACUGCGUCCAAUGCACUGCAAUCACAAGCUUUUUGUCGGACGAAACGCGGUCGCUGCUCAGCUUGCCCCACAUUGGACUCUGCCCCUUGUUCAGCGCUGUCGAGAAGCGCUUGCCGUCCGAAGGCGUUGCCAUCGACGAGAGUCCGACGGGGUCCCACGUCGUGCUGCAGAAGCCUCGCCACUGGAUAUGUUACGAGCACGCUUUGGACGUGGCCGGCCUGGCGGCCUUGGACGCCACCGACGAAGACCGACACGCAGCCAAACGUCAGCGCCGCGGUCGGUGUGAAGACUUAACCAUUGAAAUGUAA